AUGUCAACAGAUGUGCACCAUGUGCCUAUACCACAACAAAAGUCAAGAAGAAGUACAAUUCAACUCGCUCAAGAAUCAUCAGAUAGUGAUAAUGAUCCUUCUGAUCAUAUUGCAGUUAUACAAACAGUAAAAGACAAUCGAGUAUUGCUUUCUGAUGAUGAUAUAUCAUCAAGUACUUACUCAAGUGACCAAGAUGAACCGCAACAAAAUCAAAUCAGUUGGGCAGCACCGAAUUCACCUGAGAAGAACUCGAACAUAAAGUCUACGCCAUCUAAUACUCAAGAUGAUACUCAAGAACAGAGAAAUGUGAGAAAAAGAAGAGUAAUUAAACGAAAAGUUCCUUCAACAACGGCUGAUGAAGAGGAGCCAAAAACAGAAACAGAGAAUGCUCCACGCAAAAGAGUUAAGCGUGUUAGAAAGAAAGUCUCUUAUGAAAACGAAGAAAAACCAACUCAAGAAGAUCACUCGGAAUCACAGUUUGAAUUAGAUACAGAGCCAGAACAGAGCAAACCUGACAAUAAAGCUCAAGAAAAAAAGCGCGAAUCUAUAGAUAUCCAGCCAAAAAGACGAGAAAGUCAUUCAACUACAGAAAAUACUACGCAACUUACACCAGAAGAGCGAGAAAGCAUAGCAAAAUCUCCUCUCGAUAUAAAGGACUCAACAAGCUUUCAAAUAAAGCGAAAUGUAAAAGUAUUUGGCCAUUCUGUGUUUAGUUUAAUAGAAUCGGAUAGAAUUUUGUAUUAUACUAAGUACGAAAAGAUCCAACUCGGAAAAGGCUUCAAAAUUUUCAAGAAAAAUACAGGUGAUGGAGAAUUAAUCGGAUUUUUACGAUUUCACAACAUGAAAAAGAGAUUUACGUUCUAUUUAGGCAAAGAUGAAGAGAGUCUUGGUGAAGUUUUCGGUCUUUGUUACAUAACUUCUUCAGAUAUUCUUUCUCGCAUUCGCCAGAUGAGAGUUUGCUUCCAGAAGAGCAUGAAACUUAAUUUUCCGGCCACAAAAGAGCAAAAUCUUUCAAGAAUUUGCAUGAAUUAUGGAAAAGAACUCGAAGAAAAGCGAAAACAGAAAGAAAAGGAGAAAAAGAAGAAUCCAACACAAGAAGGAAAGAAGCUUGAAGAGGAAGAAGACAAAAAUGAAGCAGAAAAAGAAAUAAUUAAUUAUAAUGAUUUUAUUUUCUCCGAAACAAUGAUUCCUCGCGUUAACAAAGAUGGAUCUCUUAGUUUGAACUUCGGUGGCAUCGUUCCCAAGCCUUCAAUAAAGAAUUUCAUCAUUAGAAAACCAAAUUCAAACAAAGUUUCGAUUAUGGUUUACAGAAUGUCUAAUGAAAUGUUCACUGUCAGAUAUAGUGAUCCUUGGACAUUAGAAUCUGCUUUCGGAUUUGCUUUGGCAGCUUUAGAUGGCGAAGGUUAA